CGAGAAAGUGAUCCCCUUUAAGUGGAAAUGUCGCUAUGCUUCAUAUAUGUCUGUAGUCUAAAGCUAGAAGAAAUCGGACCUGCUGGCGUCACUCUUCUAUGUAAUAUUUGGGGAACCGCUGGUGCUGUCUCCAUUUAGUUCUUAUGAUGGUGACGUCACAUUCUGUAGUCCACCCUUCUAGGUCUCCUCAUCACUAUUAUCACAUUUGUGCCUUUUCUAUUUUCCAUCAGGUCCCGGUAUCCCGCUGCUCAGACCCGUGUUUACCUGGAAGCCGGAAAAUGGCGAGACCGACAAUUCACACCUGCUGCUAUGACUGCGUCCCAUGUUCAGAAGGAGAGAUAUCCAAUAUAACCGAUUCUGACAGCUGCAUUAAAUGCCAAAGUGAUGAAUGGCCUAAUGAGAAGAGAGACCGAUGCCGGCCCAAAGUAGUGGAAUUCAUCUCUUACCAGAAUGACACCAUUGCUUCUGUCUUCUCCUGUGUCUCGGUCUUCGGAUGUCUUGUGACCGGCUUCAUAUUUGGAAUAUUCAUUUCCCAUCGAGACACUCCUAUUGUUAAAGCCAAUAACCGGAACCUGAGUUAUCUCCUCCUGGUCUCCAUCAUCCUCAGCUUCCUCUCUGUCUUCUUGUUUCUGGGUCGUCCUAAUGAUGUGACUUGUAGAUUACGUGAAACCAGUUUUGGAAUCUUCUUCUCAGUAGCCGUCUCUUCACUUCUCGCCAAGACUGUGAUGGUUUGUGUUGCUUUUAAGUCCACCAAGCCUGGAAGCCCUUGGAGAAAAUGGCUCAGUGUGAAACUACCAUAUACCAUAGUGUCAUUGUGUUCAUCCUUUCAAGCUGUAAUCUGUAUAAUCUGGCUGUCUAUUUCUCCUCCAUUCCAGGACCUGGACACUGACUCUUAUCCUGGGAAGAUCAUCAUUCAGUGUAAUGAAGGCUCUGAUAUCUGGUUCUACUCCAUGUUGGGUUAUCUGGGGUUCCUGGCAGCUGUGAGCCUUGUUCUGGCUUUCAUGGUGAGGACAUUACCGGACAGUUUUAAUGAGGCCAAGUACAUCACCUUCAGCAUGCUGGUGUUCUGCAGCGUCUGGAUCUCCAUGAUCCCGGCUUAUCUGAGCACCAGGGGAAAGAACAUGGUGGCUGUGGAGAUAUUUGCAGUAAUGGCUUCCAGUGCUGGACUUUUAGGUUGUGUGUUUUUCCCAAAAUGUUUUAUCAUUUUGUUUAAAUCUGAAAUGAACAGAAAAGCUGACCUGCUGGGGAAAAGAAAGAACUGACGGCAAAAUGGUAACCCCGAUAAUAGUGAUUAACUCUGAAAUAACAGCUUGUAGAUAUCAUCUUAUACUAGAAAGAAAUGAUAAGAUAUAAUUAGAUUCCAAUCGUUACAUUGUC